AUGAACUUCCUCGUAACUAUCGUCGUGGUAGUCACUGGAAUUGAAGGAGGUAAGAGAUCAAUUUCUGUUUUUUUUCGAAAUUUCUGACAUUGUCACGGCGCCACUACCUUAUAUGCUCUCUACCAAGGAUGAGUUGAAUACAUAUUUAUAUUUUUAAUAUUUAUUUAUUGUAUUAAUUUAACUAGAAAGAUCCGAGACCUGAUAACAUUUCUGUAGCUCCAAUAAUCAAACAUAGUGGGCCCUCAAAUGGGGUUCACCUUCACUGAUCUUCAUCGACAUCAUUCUGGUCUUAAAAGUACAGUUUUCAUGAAUGCUUUUGCUUUCCCAAGCGCUUUUUUAACCACCUGAUUUGAGUUUACAUGCAAAUAAUUUGUCAUGAUGAGUGUCAUUUACGACAUCCGGCGGUAGUUUAUUUGUCGGAUGCCAGCGAACGUAAAAAGCUGGCAAGCGUGAGGUAACUUUAAUAUCGCGGAAACCAAUGUUGCAAUUCCAUUUUAAAAACAAACUUCUAUAAUUAAACUUACCGGCUACCUUAAGCUCAAUAUAAGAGAGGUAUAUUGACCCAGCAUAUAGAAUUGAAAUAGAGGGCCGGUUGACUUAUGAAAAUGCGGUGUUAGCAGGGAUGUAACACGGAAGCAUGUCAGCCUUAAAGUCCCAGUCUAGAAACAACUUGAAACUUGAUGACAAAAUAAAUCGGCCACAAGAAGAAAUCUAAAGCGAGAUCUCUUCGUCAGUGCUUCCUUUGUCACAAUGCACCUGAGAAAUAUAAUUUGGGGGGUGGGGGGGGGGAGGUAAUGCAAUUCAUAGACAAGGCUGAAAAGCUCUUGCGAGAAGAGAAUUGUUUCAGUAAACCAUCGGACGCCCACGUUCUUCAGGGAAAAAAAAAACUUCUGAAUUUGGUCAUUUGACGAUGCUGCUGUAGGUGUGCUAGAAAAUGUAUCAAAAAAAAAAACGCGCAUGUAAUCGAUUAGGUAUUUUGUUAAUUCGCUUCGUCUUAUUUGGGAUGAAUUUAUUUCCAGCAUGGGCCUUUGCCCUUUAGAUUUGUUUGAUGUUUUAAACGACGGCUUCAUGUGCGCACUGUAAAUAAAUCCACCCUUUGUUUUUUUAGCUUUUACUGGCUGUCUGGCUUAGAGGACUAACAUCCCCAAGAUAACAAAAUACUCAUAGCACAAGUCGAAUUCAUUAAAAACCGAAAUGCCUCAAAGAAGCAGAAAUCGUGGCGUUUUGAAUAAUUAGAAAAAAUAAGUUGCAACGACGUCGCGGUAAACUGGUUAAUUUUUUAGCGGCCUUAACCUGUAAUUGCACAGAAGUAGUAAAAUGAUGCCAUCGUGCAAUUAAAUGGCUUAUAGAGCGUUUUCACAUGACGUUACGGCGACCAUACUGGUGUUUCAAGACAGGGAAAUCGUCAUCUGUGAAACAUCAGAUUUACUAGAAUACAUAUUACAAGUGCUCCUCACUGCAAGUUGUGAGCGGAUUGGAUCGUUUUAUAAUAUUCAGCCCAACGUAACUAUAACUAUAGCUAUUCACAAUCUCGUCAACGUUCUCAGAGAAAAAAAUGGAAGAAUACCUUUUACCCUUUAGAGAGAAAAGGAAAGAAUAUUUUCCAAAAUUUUACUCAGAACAUGCAUCUUAAGUUUAUACGAACAAGGUGAAUUUCGGACUGUCAAGGCAAAAAUCUUGAAUCAGGUGUAAGCGAGGCUUGCAAUGACAUCAAGCUUUUAAAUCAUUUUGUAUUGAUGAGACUAUUUUGUAAAACAAGAUGCAACGUUUACAAUCAUGUUGCCUAGGCACAGAUAUAAACACAGGUCAUGCAGUCGAAGGUCAAAAAGACCCAAAUAUGUUUGCCCCUCUACGGUGAAGUGAAGUCAAAUUCUUGUACUGUAAUGAGGAUGCUAGUAAUUAAGAACCUGUGAGCUAAAUUUUUUUCGGAAAGUAAAAAAAAAAUUGGGGAUCUAGAGUAGCGUGUGUGUGUUUCUUACCCUGCUAGCAGAGUCGCUUCGAUCUUUCCUAGAUAAGUCAGGAAAGAGGAAGCGAAGAGGUCGAUUUAUCUAGGAAGAUCGAAGGAGACUCUGUUCCCAGGGUAUGUGUUUCUUUACUCACUGUGCAGUACGUCGUAGUUUCCUAGUUUUAAGUAUUUUCUCAUUUUAGACUAGUAUCAAACACCUUUAGUUUUCUACUAAGGGAAAUGUGGACCAUCUUUGAUAAAAUACAUAGCCUGAAUUCAAAGUAGCACAAGAAUCAGUUAUUUCCCGAUUUUAGACUAAACGGAUUAAACUCUUUUACAAGCUAUUCAUAUUCGUAUACGAUUGUCAGUUUUCAUAACAAGUUAAAAACUGUUUAAUCUAAUAACGAAAGACUUUAUUUCUUACCUCUUACUUCUCUAAGAAAAAUUACUAUAAAUAGUUUCUGUUUGAAACGCGUAAUGCUUGCACAAUACACUAUAACGAUGCGCGAUAUUAAAGGAUAAAUCGGAACAAGAAGUCCACACUUGAACUGUAAUGGCAAAAAGAACUUUUGACUUGGUUCGCUUCUUAGAGUAAAUUUUAAGAAACUUAGAUUGUUAUUCGAAAAGUUAUUCUGAUUUUAUUUUAAAAAAAUCCUCACCGAUUGCUGGAUUUUAUGGAAGCAUGCAUUGGAACACGCAAUGUACCCAUUCCCUGCCAUUCUGCCAAUUGCAAUCACAAAUUGAGAUUGACAGGCUCGCAUUCUGAUCCGGUGAAGUAAAACUGUUUUCGUAAAUCUCAGCAGGAGGCCUUCAGUCAUCAGUUAUGAUCAUCGAUAUCUUUACCGGUUAAUUUGUUUUUCACAGCGUUCUGUCUGGUGAUAUCUGACUGAACAAAUGCCAGGUAAGCACUAAAACGGUUCACUCCUAAAAUUGUGCUAUUUUGUGCCGGCGGUCGUUUGCAGUCCUGAUGAAGGUGACAAAGCAAGGUUUUAAAAAGUGAUUUUGCUCCCGAGCUAGCAACUGUCCCGAUAACCACAAAAGGAGGAACAUUCCUAAGACUCGCGACUCACAUCAUUCUUAUUUACAUGAAAAAGCUUGGAGUUGAAUGAUGCAACACUCUUCUCCGAGUGACGGUGCAAUUUUUUGUAUUACAAGAGUAGGGUAGCUUAAGUUACUUAAGUUACCCGUUAAGGACGAAGUGAAAGAGCAAGCGACGUAUUAAUAUUAGCAAGGGGUAAAUGUCUUGAAGCCAUACUAAAUCCCCUUUUAUAUACUUAACCAAGGCUAAAAUACGUUUUCUGGAAAGCGUGCAUAUUAAGUCAGGCUUGUCAACUCUUUCAAAGUAUUUUCAAUUUUACCUCACAAUCUGUCAAUUAGAAUAGAGCAAUACUAUGAAUUCACUUAAAAAAUCGGUUGAUCAACAAACAAGUGCACCUCUGUGGCCUGUGGGGGGGGGGGGGGGGGGUGGGCGGAGCCCCCCCGGGCCCCCCCCGGCCCCCCUUUAACAAUUCAAAACCCAGGUUUUUUUUUUUUUUUUUUUUUUUUUUCUCAAAUCUUUUUCAAAAAUUAAAACAUUUUUUAUUACAAAAAAUCUUUAAUAAAAUCAAAAAUAAUACGUGUGAGUUCACUGUCAGUCAUUCACUAACAAAUAAAAAUAUAAUACAAUUAUAUUAUUAAUUUUCAUAAAAAAACCAAAAAACAAAAAAAAAAAGAAAAUCAAAGGGGGUGUGGGGGGGUGAGGGGUACGUGGAAAGGCCCCCGGGGCCCCCCCGGGGGGGCGGGGGGGAAUCGCGACCUGCCGGGUUUUUUUUUUUUUUUUUUAAGCUUCAACACUUUAUUGCAAACAUUACAAAGUAUUACUAAACAAAACAUUGAAUAAAUACUUAAAUAAAUUACACUACUUUACACAAAAGAGCCAUGGUGAUUAUAUAAUUAAAACUUAUAGUAAGCACAGGAGAGGUUUCCGUAGAGAGUGAAACUUGUUAAUUAGCCCUUUGGAUUGGAAUAUGCAUUUAUGUACAAUUAGCUUGCCUUUAACUAAUCAUGAUUGUUUAUGGAAACGAUAGCUUGUGAUAAGUGGCUCCCAUUGCGCAUAAGUUACAGAAGGAUAACAAUAACAACACGAAACAACACAUAGAAACACUUUACCUCCUCGAAGGAGUUCACGAGUUUGGCCGUGCGUGGUUCCAAAAACCUCGAACUAGCAACAGACGGCGAUUAAAGUUCUCCUGCUAAUAGCAUUUUUACUUUUACAUUUCUCUUUCCAUUUUCUUCAGCUCUUCGUUUCUGACAGUUAUAACGCGUUUAGACGAAAGACUUUCUACCCAUUUGUUUGGGCGAAACCUAUCGUAAAGAAGGCUUGUUCAGGAGAACUCAGAAAAGCGUCUACUCCAUAGGCUCGUCCUCGUCCCAGUUCAUCUCAACAAAGAAGGAGGAAAAGGAAAUAACUGAAUGGCAUUUCAAAGCAUUAAAAAGUGGAUAAAUGACCAUAAAUGAGGCUUUGAUGCUACAAAAUUGUAUAAAAACAACAAACAAACGCCAACAUGUCAAAAGUUAAACCAAGUUUUAUCGCUUUUAAGACCAGGGAGUUUUAAGUUCCACGGCAUAUUCUUUUAAUAAUUUUCAAUGGUUUUCAUUUAAUUAUUUAUUUAUUUAUCCUUAUUAUUAUUUAUUUAUUUAUCGUUUAUUCAUAUUUUACUGUUAUCAUUUUUUUCUCGGAAAUAUUAUCUCAAUAGAGCUACCCCGUAAAUUCGAGUUAAAAUAAAAUUUAUGUUAUGUUAUGUUGAAGGGGCUACUUAGGAGACUUGGUACUCUGAGAUCCCAUCUGUCGUUAUUGUCUUAGCCUUUGAUUUUAUCCGGAGUCACAGUCGGUACACGCCAUGUGUAUGUAUGUCUUGUGUAAUGGUCGGCAAUUUCUUUUCUAGUUUCUCAACGAGGAGGGAUUUCGUCACCAAACUUCAACCUAGCUGUUUAUUUUUACAUUAAAAAAAGCAAAGAUAUUUGUUUUGAAAAGUAUCUCUAAAUCGAUUCUUAUAAGGUGCUUAUUUUUCGAGAAAAUUAGCAGAUCAGUUGGCCAUCGGAGAGUGACUGCUUAAAAACACACGUUUGUGAGAGAGGACGGGGGAGGGGGGUGGGGUUGGAACCCGGGGAAAUAGGGUCGGGGUAGGAGGAGUACGAUAGGCGAGAGAGGAGUGAGUUUAGGAAGGUUGGGAAGCGGGAGAAAUAAGGGAAAAUUUUAAUGCCUUAUGUUUGCACUCGAAAAAGACCUAAAGGGAGAAAGCCAAGAAAAAAGAGGCGGGAACCGGAAAUGCAAAGUAGGGGAGAAGGGAGGUUUGGAGUCUCUGUACCCCAGGGGUUUGACAGCAUUAACGUCAUCCUUUUUUAUUGCAGUAUUUGCCAUAAGCUGCUACACAUGUCAGCCCAACUACGCUAACAUGGCACUGUCCCUAAGCAAGGGGAAUUUGAGUGGCUUAAACCUUUGCAAUAACCCCACGGACAGUUUAGACUGUUGCCGGGAUCCAAAUAUGGCGGGUCACGCUGACUCCUGCUACAAAGCUAGCGUUACGUUCAAGGUCAACAUGUCACACAUAAAUAUUGACCAGUUCACGUAUCACAUUCUGGACUGCGUAGUACAAUCAAAGUGCAGUCAGCUAAAGAAUCUAAUCUGCAGAACGACUUCAAUACAAGGAAUGUUUCCAGACUUCAAGCUUUCGCAAUGUGAUGUCAGUUGCUGUGAGGAGGGUCUUUGUAAUAAUUCCUCGGGACCUUCGCCCGCCGCAAAUCCCUUGACAACAUCUGUGAAGAGACGCUGCAAGAAUCCGUUGGCACUUAAGGGAACAAGUUCCUCGGAUUCGUCCUUGUUAAGCACUCUAACCUCAGCGAAAGGCGCUUCACUCCGUAUCAUUCUGAGUUUGACUGCAAUGACCUACAUGAACUUCGUUUGA